AGCGCAGAGGGGCCCGGUAUAAAAAAAGUACUGAAGACACAUCCCCAGCACAGCUGCUAAAGCUCCGGAGCCGAGAGUGUGUGCGGAGGCGGCAGCGGCGGCGGUAGCAGGAGCCGCCACCUCCGGGACCCCCGCAGCUGGGACGCAGCGGUAGCGGCCGGCGCAGGCGGCGCGCCCUGGGAAGGACUCGAGAGCGCGCUCGCCGCUGCUGGGAGUGUUGCCGUCUCGCGGUUCCUCGCUCACUUCGCUUCCAGAAGGGGCGGCCGCCUCCAGGUGACACUGUCGGGACUCCUGCUUUCGCUUCCCAGAUGCAUCAGAGAUACUUUUGGACUGACCAAGGCCAAGUGGCGUUUGGCGGUCACUUCAUGACGGAAGGCGAAGCGUACUUUGCCGUGGCUGAGGGCGAGAUGGCCGGCUGCUCGUAUCCCGCCCUGAGCGGCGGCGACCUCGGCGGCGGCGGCGGCUUCGGCGGGCAUUGCUUGGACUAUUGCGAAAGCCCCACAGCGCACUGUAACGUGCUGACCUGGGAGCAAGUGCAGCGGCUGGACGGGAUCCUGAGCGAAACCAUCCCGAUCCACGGGCGCGGCAACUUCCCCACGCUGGAGCUGCAGCCGAGCCUGAUCGUGAAAGUGGUGCGGCGGCGCCUGGCUGAGAAGCGUAUCGGCGUCCGCGACGUGCGCCUCAAUGGCUCGGCCGCCAGCCACGUCCUGCACCAGGACAGCGGCCUGGGGUACAAGGACCUGGACCUCAUCUUCUGCGCCGACCUGCGCGGAGAAGAGGAGUUUCAGACUGUGAAGGACGUCGUCCUGGACUGCCUGUUGGACUUCUUACCCGAAGGGGUGAAUAAGGAGAAGAUCACGCCGCUCACGCUCAAGGAAGCUUAUGUGCAGAAAAUGGUUAAGGUGUGCAAUGACUCUGACCGAUGGAGUCUUAUAUCUCUGUCAAACAACAGUGGCAAAAAUGUGGAACUGAAAUUUGUGGAUUCCCUCCGGAGGCAGUUUGAAUUUAGUGUAGAUUCUUUUCAAAUCAAAUUAGACUCUCUUCUCCUCUUUUAUGAAUGUUCAGAGAACCCAAUGACUGAGACAUUUCACCCAACAAUAAUCGGUGAGAGCGUCUAUGGAGAUUUCCGCGAAGCCUUUGAUCACCUUUGUAACAAGAUCAUUGCCACCAGGAACCCAGAGGAAAUCCGAGGGGGAGGCCUGCUUAAGUACUGCAACCUGUUAGUGAGGGGCUUCAGGCCUGCCUCUGAUGAGAUCAAGACCCUUCAGAGGUAUAUGUGUUCCAGGUUUUUCAUCGACUUCUCAGACAUUGGAGAGCAGCAGAGAAAACUGGAGUCCUAUUUGCAGAACCACUUCGUGGGAUUGGAAGACCGAAAGUACGACUAUCUCAUGACCCUUCAUGGAGUGGUGAAUGAGAGUACAGUGUGCCUGAUGGGACAUGAGAGAAGACAGACUUUAAACCUUAUCACAAUGCUGGCCAUCCGAGUGCUGGCUGACCAAAAUGUCAUCCCUAACGUGGCUAAUGUCACUUGCUAUUACCAGCCGGCCCCCUAUGUAGCAGAUGCCAACUUUAGCAAUUAUUAUAUUGCACAGGUCCAGCCAGUGUUCACAUGCCAGCAACAGACAUACUCCACUUGGUUACCCUGCAAUUAAGAAUCAUUUAACAAUAUCUUGUGGGGAAGCCAUUACAGACAAUAUAGGGAAAAAAAAGAAAGUCUGAGUGACCCAGCCCUGAUUAAGGAUGUAUUUUGUGCAAUGAUGAUCUGCUCCUGGUUUUAAGCUUGGCAAAGCUUGUGGGUCUUUCCAUAGGUAUGGGAGCAUGAUCUCCAAACAACCCUCCACCCAGCGCCCCCACCUGAUCCUCCUACCCAAUUGGAUUCUGUCUGGCAGCAAAAGAGACCUGUCAUUAAAAGCAACCAGGCUCUCUUAAAAUAACAAGGGAAGAAAUGCUUGAUGACAAUAUGGGUUUGCAGUACCUGCUCCCAUAGCUUUGCCAUGGGGGGAGAAAAGUGGAGAUUAUUUUAAAAGAUGGAAUUCACAAAAGGGAAAAUACACAGAAAAAAAGGUCUUACCCCAACUUAAUUAUCAGUUCAGGAGUUCAGACAGUGAAAAUACUAUAGAAAGAAGAAGAACCCCAACAUUGGAACUGAUAUCUGAGGCUUUAGCAGGUGCUUUCUGUGGAACUAUCCUAUUGUGAUGAUAGAAACAGCUUGCUCUGAAUGAACAGUAAGUAGUAGGUUGGUGCAAUUCUCAUAACAGACAGUAGAACUUAUGAUGACACAAUCUAUUAAUUCCAGCUGUGUGCACAGCUAGCAUUUUUAAAAUGUGAAAAUGCAAGUAGAAACAGCUGUAGCAAAGAAAGUAUGCUCAAGGACCAAAGAUUUAGCAGAUAAAAAUAUCCUAGUAGAAGAGAGAUAGUAAAAUAUAUAAAGAGUUACUAUAUUUGUUAUACACCAAUGUACAUCAAAGUGCCUGUUGCCUUCUGAAAAUUUGAAAUGGGAAAGUUUUAUGGUUUAAUGAUCAUUUUAUUUUAUCAGGGACUCAAGGAGAAAAUAACGCAUAAGCUUGUGAAUGGUGGAGGAAAUGCCCUACUUUUUCUUGGCAAAUAUGUGUAUAAAGUUAACAUUGUUGGUGUGAUAUUAUCAUAGGUACAUGUGUAUGUGUGUAUAUUAUGUGUGUGUAUAUACAUAUUUGGAUAUGUAUACAUAUACACAAUACAUCAACUAUGGUCUAGAAUAAUGUAGCAAAUAGGAAAU